AUGAUACUUCGCACUUCGUUUCUAAUCCUUGUUGCCCAAGUCACUUGGCCAACAUGGACAAUCCUUGGACAGAUCGGACAGCCUGGCCAGGCUCCCGGACAAGUUCCGCUAGAUCAUGGAUAUAGGCAACCAUUGGAGCCGAUUAAAAAUAUUCUGCAAGGCUCUUAUCGAAAUAAUGUGACAUUGUAUUAUCGCAAUUCACCCUAUAGGGUGACGGGCGACGUCACCGUCGAGUUUGGCGUCACAAUGACGAUCGAGACUGGUGUUCGGAUCUACUUCGACACGGGUACAGGUCUUGUGGUGAAGGGAACCCUCCGAGCUAUUGGAAAUGAAUUCGCGCAUAUCGAAAUGCUACCUUACCAGCAACAAAUCAAUUAUGACAAUGACAUGCCCAAAUUUCGGUUGGUUGACGGCCCGACGGUUAGGCAAGGUCGGCUGCAGGCGCAAUUUAGGGAUCGAUGGAGAUCGGUGUGUACCAUGGUUACAAAUUGGACUUCAAUCGACACAGGUGUCGCUUGUAGAUCAAUGGGAUACUCUGAUGGAGGAUUCUGGAAAUGGUUUCUUCGAAAUAAUGAUACCUAUCCAUUUGUUAUGCCUAAACCCGACUGUCAUAAUGGCGCGAAGAAUCUUUGGGAUUGUCCAGCAUUUUCCGAUGAAAACAAUAUUCGAUUGAGUGAGAAUUUGUGCCAAGGCGAGGAUGAUAUUGGAAUUUACUGUUGGGGUCCGCCGAUGUUCACCGGUUGGGCUCGUCACUGGAAAGGAAUUCAAUUAUUCAAUUCUCCAUUUCACUACGUUCGUUCGGAUCCAGACUUGGUCGCUGUAAACAGAGAAUCUGACAGUCGACUGGAAUUCAUUGAUAUUCUUUAUGCCGGCUAUGACGGAGUAACUAAAAAUACAACAGCUGCUUUGUAUAUUCAAGGUGUUCCGCCGAUAAUGAAUGGCUUGCGGAUUGAGCGAAGCGCGAGAGACGGUGUCCAACUGGCUGAAGUUACCGGACCUGUUUUAAUCGCAAAUUCCACAUUUUCGUUUAAUCGCGGCCAUGGCAUAUUUGUCGACAACACAACCGACGGUCGCGUUUUUAUCAAUAACACAAGGAUUGAAGGAAAUUGGGGAGAUGGUAUCUCAUAUAAGCAGAAGACCGGCGUCAAUCUUGUCUCGCACGGACUACGUGAAAAACGACAUAUCGGAUUGCACGAUGAGGAUUUGCCGUCGAUUGAGAUGUGCUCGCAACACGCUGUCUCAAAAGAACAAUUUUUUCCGCAUUUGGUUGCGGUCAGUUUGAAGAAUCGGACGUUCUUGGAUCCCUCGCAACCACCACUCUGUUGGAUGACUGUUUCGUUACCCCCACGGUUACCGUAUACCUACAGUAUUCAAUGGAUGCACAUAAGUGAUCGAAAUCCGCCGUCAGCAAAUAGUAGUCUCGUGAUUUGCGAUUCCGAUAAUGAGAAAGAAAAUGCAUGCGGAACAUCGAGAUUCUCAAUUCCGAUCCAAAACGGAGUCUACCCACAAAGUGUCUCACUCAAAAGUUCUGGAAAGCCACUCUACAUCGCUCUAGAACACCAUUUGGAUGGUGAUCAAGCCGGAUAUGUUCAAGGCGAUAUCAAUCUUCUAUUCCGAAUCCAUGCUUCAGUGCUUGACAAAGCCUAUUAUGGGUUGAAUGUAACUCAUUGCAUUAUCGAGAAGAACACGGGCAAUGGAGUGUUUGCCAAUGACAUUCGAGAACGUACCGCAUUGACGAAUGUGACGUUGGAAGCGAACCAGGGAUACGCCGGAUUUCAUGUUAGGAACGGCGCUGCUGACAUUUGGAUUAAUGAAACGCGAAUUUUGAAAAAUUGGGGUGAUGGAAUGAAUAUUAGUUAUGCCGGUGGAAGUGUUCUCAUCAACGGCACACGAGUCGAGAAGAAUCGCUGGAGAGGCGCCUCGUUCCACUUCAACCAAUCAAUUCCUUUUCUACCGAUGUAUCAGGAGAUCAUAUUCAAGGGACGACCAUCGAAUAAUCUUUUCUAUCUUCCGACAACCAUCGCCGAAAAUGAAUGGGGUGGAAUACUUGUCGGAAAUUUUUGCGCUCCCGUAAAUUCUAUGGUUCGAAUCGAGCCAAAAGUGCUCAUCAGUUGGGUGGAAUUUCACAAAAAUCAAUACCAUCCAGCACUGGAAAUUUUCUCGUGUCGAAAUUCGGAUGUCUCGAGAACUCUAAUCGACAUCACGGGAAAUCGAGUAGAAGGAAAUCUUGGGUAUGGAAUGCGUAUUGCUCCCGCUGUCAACAUUCAUGCGACAAUAUCCAGCAAUCAAUAUUUGAACAAUAAUGACACCGCGCUGUAUAUUAGAAAUGCCCAGUGGCCACAGCUGCAACAUCUACCAUCAAAUAUCACAAUUUCGAAAAAUAGCUUCAAGUUCAACACUGCAAAAUAUAUAAUAUCAUUGGGAUUGAAUGAAGACGCUAGAAAUCAACAAAUCAUAUUCAAUCAACAAAAUGAGGUUCGAGGCAAUACUGUAAUCGAUCCGUUUCCCGAUUUACCACCUCGGACUACACCUUUUGCUGCCCUUGUGGUUUCAAGCAGCAACGUGAAGAUCCAUCGAAAUUGUUUCAAAAAUGAGCGAGCCAAAUAUGAAAUCGCGACCGAAUUAGAGCAACACGCGAAAUGGAUUGACGCAAGGGAAAAUAAUUGGGGAUCGCCGAUCGUUGGGCAGUUCAUCGACAAGAUAUUUGACCAGUUUAAUCGUUAUUCACUUGCUUCAAUUGAUAUUGAUCCAUUUAUGGCGGUGUGCAACCAACGAGUGCCACACAUCACACCACAGAAUGAAGUGUUUCGUCAGUUCCGAAAGUCGUCAGAUUCAAUGAGAAUCGGCGGUAUCAUUUAUGAAAAUCAUGAUCUACUGAAAGGAAGAUAUACGGUUACCGAUGAUCUACAAGUUGUGCCUGGUGCGAAGCUAACAAUCGCUUCUGGAAGCACAUUAGAAUUUGCCCACGGCGUUGGAAUGAUUGUUCAAGGCGAGCUGACAAGGAACGAAUUCGGCAAUGACCAGCGAGUCAUAUUCACGGCUGCACCAUUCGAGCUUCAAAAGAAAGAUCGAAUUCGACUUGUAGAUGAAGAUGGAAAUGAUGGAGUUACUGAAGGAAGGCUCGAAGUAUUUGUCGAUGAUCAAUGGGGAACAGUUUGCAAUCGAUCAUGGACGGCAGACCACACAAUUCUGGCGUGCAACCAGCUCGGACUUAUUGCUGAUAUUCAAUAUUUUGAAAAUUGGAGGAUUUUUCCGAGCAAGGGGGACCUUCCAAUGAUUAUGGAUAAUAUAAGAUGCGAGGAGAAUGAGGUGGAUUUGACGAGGUGCCGACAUGAUGGAAUUAGCAGAAACUGCGGAGCAGGAUGUCGACCAACGGAAGUUGUCGGGCUUCGGUGUUUGGAGCCGCGUUGGGCUGGUGUCCGUUAUUCACUGCUUGCAAAUCCUCCGACCGUUACCGGACAGACCACAAUGGACAAUUGGCUGAUUGAAAAGGGUGGAUUAUUCAAUUUCCGGACAUCGCAAUUCUGCGCCGCGUUUCAAAUUGACUGGAAUUAUCACACGUUUCACAGGCUUGAAAUUAGGAACAACUUUUGGGAUGGAAUCGAUAUCGGCUAUAAUGAUCUCAUAAAGAAGCCUGCAAUUCGAAAUAGUAUUAUCACAAAUAAUCGAAGAAAUGGUGUUCAUAUACGAUCCGCUGGAAUUACCAUCGAAAAUGUGACUGUUAGCUUCAAUGGGCAAUCGGGCGUACGAUACAAUCCGUCGCUCAGUGCUCAUCUGCAAAAUGAUAUUGUCUCUUGGCUGAGUCUCCGCGAACAACCCGAACUUGAAGCCAACAAUAUUUUCCAUAUUCCCAAUAGGGAUUUGGAUUUCAUUGAAGUUCUAGAAAGUAGCCUUAACCAGCGAAAAUUUCUAAUUUCGUCCGAAAAUGACGACUGCCCGUCAGAGCCUUUCGAAGAAUGCGUCUACAAUCUAAUGAUUCGCGCCAGUGGCUACGAGUAUGGCCUAUCAUCGAAAAUGGCAAUACAAAUUGUGAAUCCGGCAUCAAACGUUUCCGACGAGGACGCGGUCUUCACGGAGAUGUCGACCGGAAAAAGUUGGAGUGCCAGAAGAGAUCAAGUCUAUUUUCCGGUGGUGUCGACAAGAAACGAAAUGCGUAUGAGGUAUACAAGGUCGUACGGAAAACCAAAAUUAGUGAUUUUGAUAUUGUUCCUUGACACACAAGAAUAUCUGGAUCGGUUUGUUCACAUCUACAAAUCGCGAAUUGAAGAUAACCAAUAUGGGUUCUCCGCUGAACACUUCUCGAAUCUCACUUUCAGCGAUGGAACGCUGUCUAAUAGAUGGAAUGAAGAGAAAAUGUGGCUUCAAAAGGUGAAUUUUACAAGAAAUUCUGAAGCCGUCUUAUGGCUACACUCACCACAACACGUCGUUCCGCAAGGAACUCCUAUAACCGAGAUAACUUAUCACAUUGACAACUGCAGUAUAGUUGAUAAUACGGGUCCAUUGAUCGAAUCUCAUCGUGACAUGUUCGCUUCAGCAAAUGUGUUUCACUGGAUUUUCUGGUCGAACACGUUCGCCAAUAAUUCGAAUUCGGGUAUUUCGGUGUCAUUGCCAGACACGUAUGAUUUAUUAUCGAAACGCCAACACUCAUUUAUGCUGACGGAAAAUCGCUUUCAAAACAACGACGGAUUUCGCAUUCUUGUCUCCGGAUAUUAUGCGUUCGCCAAUGUUUCUUCAAACAAUUUCACUGAUAAUUAUGCGCCGUCGAAAUUUGGAAUUCUGGAGUUACGCGGAAUGGAGAAGAAUCUGAUUUUGGAACGAAAUCGCUUCUUCAAUAAUUGGGGUCAUUGGAUGGUUAAAAUCGAUACAUCUUCUCAUUAUUUAAGAAGCAUGCAAGUUCCAUCAUUGAUUCAAUAUAAUUAUAUGGAAAAUAAUCAUUUUGUCAAGCCACGCGGAGACUAUGUGGACAUGUGGCCCAGAUCGUAUGCAAUCGGUAUUUUCGGAUCACACAAAGUUGAUGUUCAUUUCAAUCGAUUAAAAAAUUCGCUUCUCGACUUUGAAUUAGUUUCAGGAUGCAAGUACUCCGAGAUCGAUGAUUUUAUGAACGUGACUCAUAAUUGGUGGGGUACUGGCAAUGAAGCUGAAAUCGCGCAGCGAAUCUUUGAUUUCGAUGACUGGAACACGUACAUGCUUGCAAAAUGGAGUCCAUUCUAUGUGACAAAUGAUUUGUUCAUAAAUUUCUGGUGGAAUCCUUUUAAGGAUGGACAAUUGGCUAAUGGGAGUUAUUCGGAACCGACAAUAUUCGAUCUUAAGGGAAGAAUGUUUGAAUCGAAAAAUAUGACGCUGAUAACGGAACGAUGGCAUAAUUUUCCGCAUUAUUAUAGGCCAUUUCGUCCAUAUCGAAUCACUAGAGAUUUGACAAUCAUGCCGGGAGCAACGCUAACCAUCGAGAGUGGAGUAGAAGUGCAUAUUUGGCCAAGCGUUCGUAUUCUCGUUCUCGGCAAUUUAAUAGCCGAUGGAACAUAUUGGCAGCCGAUCAGAUUCAAGCCAAUCAACACGACUGAAUACGACGAACUGAAAGGAAGAAUUCCAACCGAGUACAAGAGGAAGAAAAGAGAAGCGGUUUUGCCAACGAUUCUAUAUAAGAAUGCUGGAGCUCGAGUACGAGAAAAAAGAGCCGACAGAGGCCGACCAGACGCUGUUUAUCGCGAUUUUCCGACAUUGAACCGCGCCGAUCCUUACUAUCAACGAUUUACCGUUUCUCUAAGCGAAAACGGAUCCGAUUACGGCCGAUCUGGAUUUUUGCAAAUCUACAACGCAACCACAGGAGAAAUUGUUCCAUCGUGCGAUAAGCAAUUUACUUUAAGAAAUGCCCAAGUGGUUUGUCGAGAACUCGGCUUGGACACUAUGAAUGUUUAUCAUUGGGUAACAGAAAGAUGGGAUUAUAAUCCACAACUUCGCAUACUGAAAACCUAUAUGGAGCCAAGGGAAUGCCGGGGUGACGAACCGAGUCUCGAUCGAUGCGAACUUCGGCUAACUGGAAAUGUCAGCCAAUGGCAAUGUAAAGACAGCGAGCAUUUCAAUUACAUUUACUGCGGCAAAAAUGUUUCACUUGAAAGGGAAUAUAUCGGAAAUUGGGGAGGAAUUGCGUUUGCUCGACCGAGACUGGAAGAAGGAAUUUCAGUAGAAUCAAAAGACCGAUCUUUAUUGCGAAACGUAGAGAUUGUUGGCGGCGGUUCAGGGCACAACGACAGCUGGCAAAGUGCCGGACUUCAAAUAUUUCACCGAUCGCCAAUUAUCGAUCAUGUCAAUGUGACGAAUUGUAGCAUGCACGGUGUACAAGUGAUUUCACCUAGCCAGAAGCUGAUACUCAACAAUUUGAAUGUGACAGACAAUCACGGUCAAGGUGUGAGCAUCAUGACCACAUUUGUGCAAGCUCCUGGAUCCUCGCAACAAGUCCUGUUGAGGCCACUCACAAUUCCUUAUUAUACCCAAGGAAUGUUGGAUAUGUGUGCCGCUGUAAAAACCAUUGAAGUCCAAAAUCGAUUAUUGGUUUACUAUAAAUAUGAUUCGAUUCCCGUCGAUUGUGUGAAAGUUUUUACAUCGAGAAAUCGUAGAGUGGCCUUUCGAAUUAUUCAAUACAAUUUCUAUUCAUCUGACGCAGAUCUGGGAAGAUCUGAUGCUUUACGAAUCUAUAGUUCACCGGCAUUGACUCCAGUCAACCUACUCGCUGAAUACAGGCGAGGAGAGCCUUCGCAUGAUCCUUCAAUAGUAGUAACAUCUGAAGUUAUUGCGAUUCAUUUGCGGGCAACAGCGGCUGACGGCGUUUAUGGUUUCAUUGCAGAAGUGGCCGCCCUUCCCAGUAAUCCUGAACCACAUACUGUUGGAGAAGUUGUUGUGCGAAGUUCAAGAAUCGACAACAAUGAUCGCGGAGCAAUUGAGUAUUCGAACAGUGGCGAAAUGAGCCCAUCGCUCGUCAUUGAGGAUUGCUCGAUUUCCUAUAAUGGAAUUCACUUGUUCGGAAACAUUUCGACUUCGAGUCAAGCCGUUCAAUUAAACUUGCACAACACAUUGUUUCUCUUGUUCCGCUCGAAUUCUCUUGCUCACAAUCGCGGAGGAAUGUACAUCUCGUCGACGUCAAGUUCACCGGUAGCGCGGCUCAACGCACUUGUCAAAAAUUGCCUAUUCUCGCAUAACUCAAAUUCAACAACGGUGGCGUUGUUUGGAAAUAAUUAUCAAGUGGUCACAUUCUUGAAUAACGUGAUCAGCCAUAAUUAUGCACUCUACCACGAUACGAUUGUCUCACAAGACGUUUCGGUGAAUAUGACAAUGAAUACAAUAUUUUCGAAUAUUGGCGCUCAUACACUUGACAUUCACGCAAAUUCGAGAAUCGCCUCGGAUAAAAACACAUUUGUCCGGAAUCAUUUCUACGACAAUACGGCCCUUGGACAUGGUCAUCAGUAUAUGGAAAUGUAUGGAUUCCAGCCAACUGAGGAGAACAACGAAUUUUUGAAGCGACCGCGACGAAAGAGAUAUGUUCUAACGCAACGAGGAGUUUCGUUCGAUUGGUGGACGCAUGUCGACAACGAGACAACUCGAUAUCGAUCAACCAUAAUUGCCGGAAGUGCUCAAGAAGUGUUCAAAUACAACACGUUCAAUGAUCCUGCUAAUGACUAUGAGCUAACGACGGCAAGACAAACGCAGUAUGACGUUGGAACCAUCGAUGCGAAACUCAACUAUUGGGGUUAUCCUGGUACUGUCGGAGUUGCAUCAGGAAAGAUUCGAGAUCAUGAAGAUUACCCAUAUUUGGUUAAGGUUGACUAUAAUCCUGUGCUUGAAUCCAAUACAUCACUGAUAGAAGGUGAUUGCCCCGCCGGUUGGUUUCAGGCAGGACAUCAAGAAUUCAAAUCUUGUUUCCUGUACGUCGCGGCGGCUGUCACGUACAACAAAGCGGUUUCGUAUUGCGAAGAGUUGGAUGCCUUCGUGCCUUACUUGAGGACUGAUGAUGUCAGACAGAAAGAGAUUGGUAGAAGAAUUGAUGAAAUGAGCAUGAGUAUAAUCACCGACACCGAGCGGAUAUCGGCAUACGGCGUAUCCAAUGACAUGCAUGUUUGGAUAUCCUCUGUGAAUGUGCCAUCAACACAAUGCGCCUGGCUGAGCGCCCGAAGCAAAAGAAUCGGCACCGUCAAUUGCAAUUCACUUCUUCCAUUCGUCUGCGAGAAAGGUACCCAACCGUACUCGGAGCCAAUAAUGUGGAGAACGGGCAUCGUAAUCGCCGUUAUCAUUGGAGCCGCACUGUUGGUUCUUGUCAUUCUUCUGAUUUUGUGUUGGUGGCUGAAAUCGAAUCGAAGGCGUCAGGAGUUAGCGGAACGCAAAAGCAUUGUCAGAGCGAGUAUCAAACUUCAAAAGAAAGCAAGAGAGCAUGAAAUGAAGCUCGCUUCUGGAAGUCUGCCUUCUCAUGAAUCUGCCCAUGUUAGCCUUCGAUCAACCACAAUAAGCGCCUACGAUACUUCAUGGAAUAAGAAGAAGUACACCCAAUCGCCAACUGAAACCAUACGGACAAGUUGCAGCGAUGCAUCGGAUCAUAUAUAUUCGUAUACAGACUUCAAGCGCGGAACAGCCAGUGCAACAUAUACGGACACUUAUUAUAAUCGAUAUUCUUCUGUUAACACUAAUCCGAAUCCGUACUCGGAGAUAACGGAAACUGGAACUUCCACCGGGACUGGAACAACUGUACGUCUACGAACCCCGAAUUCAACAAUUCCAACAACGAAUACGACGGAAUCAUCGGAUUUCACGUGUAGCACAUGUACAUCGGAUUCUGAAAGGACUUCAACGGCCACUGAUGUCUCAUCAUACAGUGAUCGGACCGACAGUACCGUUCAGAAUGGGAAAUAUUUGCGUCCAAUUUCGCCACCGAAGCCAAUGCCGCGAUCGCCAGGAAUACUACGAAGAGCAGCGGAGAACACUUAUAGAAAUUCUGCGUCUGAAUUUCUUUCAGGCACCAACAACUUCCAGCCAUUGCCGACGGAUCCCUCACCACCAAGAAAUGCACCAAUUCCUCAAAGUCGAACGACGGCUGAGAACUCACGACUAUUUGCAAAAAAUGCAACACCAUCAAGACCUAGAAAACAUGUCAUAGAAACUACAAUGUAA